GCGCCGCCGCCGCCGCCGCGGACUCGCGCUCGCCGCUCUCCCGGGGCGCGGAGCGGCCGGCGGGUGAAGGGCGAGGCGGGCGGCUGGCCGGCCCGCGGCGGCUCGGCCCGCGGACACCGCCGUCCCCGCCCGGCCCGCGCCCACAGGCCGCCCUGGAGGCCGCGGCCAGCCGCCAGGAAUUUGAAGUCUGGGAAUAGACCAUUUACCACAGACAAAUGGCUGUAGUCUGAGAAUAUAACAGGUGGCGGUGCUCAGCUUUAAUCCCGGCACUCAGGAGGCAGAAACAUGUGGAUUUGAGUUUGAGGCCUGCAUGAUCUACAGAGCCAGGUCCAGGACAACCAGGGCUACACAGAGAAACCAAAAUAGGAGCGGAAAGAAUGUCGGAGCGGGCCGCGGAUGACGUCAGGGGGGAGCCGCGCCGCGCGGCGGGCGGAGCUGCGGCCGCCCGGCAGCAGCAGCAGCCACAGCCUCUGCAGCCCCAGCGGCAGCACCCGCCGCCGCGGCGCCCACGGCCUGAGGACGGCGGUACCGGGGCCGCCACCACCUCGGCUGCCGCCAUGGCGACGCUGGGGGAGCGCAGGACCUUGCCCAGUCCCGAAGCGAUGCUGGGACAGUCGUGGAAUCUGUGGGUGGAAGCUUCCAAACUUCCUGGGAAGGAUGGGACGGAAUUGGAUGAAAGUUUCAAGGAGUUUGGGAAAAACCGCGAAGUCAUGGGGCUCUGUCGGGAAGAUAUGCCGAUCUUUGGUCUCUGCCCCGCACAUGAUGAUUUCUACUUGGUGGUAUGUAACGACUGCAACCAAGUUGUCAAACCACAGGCAUUUCAAUCUCACUAUGAAAGAAGACAUAGCUCAUCUAGCAAGCCUUCCUUGGCUGUUCCUCACACUUCAGUAUUUUCCCUCUUCCCGUCUCUGUCCAAAAGCAAAGGUGGUAGUGCCGGCGGAAGCAGCCGGCCUCCCAGUGGAGGGGUCCUUUGCGCAUCCUCAAGCUCCAAGUUACUCAGAUUGCCCAAAGAAAAACUGCAGCUCAGGGGAAACAUGAAGCCCAUGCCUCCUGUGCAGCAGAUUAAAGUUCCCCACGGAAGAGUCAGCACGACGCCCUCGGUGAAGGUGGACAAGAUGCAGCCGAAGGCGGACGGCACACUGCUGAAAUGUACAGUCGGGCCAGCCUGUCCUGCCACUGUGAGCUCUGCCGUCAGGCCUGGCCCUAACUGCCCCUCAAUACCAAAGCCAGCCUUGCCUUCACCCGGACAGAUUCUGAACGGCAAAGGGCUUCCUGCAAUGCCUGCUCUGGAAAAGAAGUCUGAAGACAGUUCUAAUAACAGGAAGUUCUUAAAUAAGAGAUUAUCAGAAAGAGAGUUUGAUCCUGAUAUCCACUGUGGGGUCAUUGAUCUGGAAACCAAGAAGCCCUGCACCAGGUCUUUGACUUGCAAGACACAUUCCUUAACCCAGCGGAGAGCUGUUGAGGGUAGAAGAAAACGAUUUGACGUGUUAUUAGCCGAGCACAAAAACAAAACCAGGGAGAAGGAGCUGGUGCGCCAUCCGGACUCUCAGCAACUACCACAUCCACUCAGGGACCCGCAUCCCACCCCUCCUAGGACGCCGCAGGAGCCACACCUUCCUGCAGAAUCGAAGCCUUUCUUAGCUAGUAAACCGAAACCUCAUACCCCUAGUCUUCCAAGGCCUCCAGGCUGCCCAGCUCUGCAAGGAGGGAGCGCCCCCGUUGACCCUCCUCCGGGCCGUGAGUCUCCACAGCCACCCUUGCCUGCCACUGAGCCAGCUUCUCGGUUAUCCAGUGAGGAGGGUGAAGGCGAUGACAGAGAAGAGACUGUUGAGAAACUGGACUGUCACUAUUCAGGUCGUCACCCUCAGCCAGCAUCGUUUUGCACAUUUGGGAGCCGGCAGAUUGGAAGAGGUUACUAUGUGUUUGACUCCAGGUGGAACCGGCUUCGCUGUGCCCUCAACCUCAUGGUAGAGAAGCAUUUGAAUGCACAGCUAUGGAAGAAAAUCCCACCAGUGCCCUGUACUACAUCACCUGUUUCUGCCCGUGCUCCUCACCGGACAAAUUCUGUGCCGACAUCACAAGGUGGGAUCAGCUACUUAGCAGCAACCACUGUCUCCGCACCUCCAGUCCUGCUGUCAUCCACCUGCAUCUCCCCAAAUAGCAAAUCGGUACCAGCUCAUGGAACCACGCUGAAUGCACAGCCUGCUGGUUGUGGGGCGAUGGACCCUGUCUGCAGUGUGCAGUCCAGACAAGUACCCGCCUCAUCCUCAUCCCCCUCCACACCCUCUGGCCUCUCUUCUGUCCCCUCCUCCCCUCUGUCCAGAAAACCUCAGAAAUUGAAACCCAGCAAGUCUAUAAGGCCCGCGGAGUCUUCUGCUCUCGGCACUAACUGUCACAAUGCCAGUAGCAGUACCAGUGGUGGCUCAGGAAAGAAACGCAAAAGCAGCUCCCCACUGUUAGUUCAUCCUUCCUCCUCUUCAUCCUCCUCCUCCUCUUCUCAUUCCGUGGACUCUUUUAGGAGGAACUGUGUGGCUCACUCUGGGACUCCAUCCCUGUCACCAGCACCACCUUCCCACAGCAUCGGCCUCAACUGUGUGAACAACAGAGCACACUCGGGGAGCCUCCGGCACGAGCAGGCAGGGCGCGGGCCCGUGGGGGUGAACCCUGCAGAGCCCAUCAAGAGGAUGAGCGUCAUGGUGAACAGCAGCGACUCCACCCUCUCUCUUGGCCCUUUCAUCCACCAGUCCAGCGACCCUCCUGUCAGCCCACACCCACACACUCCUCUAGACAGACUCAUAGGAAAGAAAAGAAAGUGCGCUCCAGGCUCUGGCACCGUCGGCGGCAGUGGCAGCAAACCGACAAAGGUUGCCAAAUUGCCAGCUGUGAACAACGUCCACAUGAGACACACAGGCACCAUCCCAGGGGCACCAGGACUGACGAACAAUUCCCUCCUCCAUCAGCCAAAGGCACGACCCUGACAGCUGACAGUACCAUUGGAAGGAAUAAUCCAGACAUUUUUGAAGACAAGUUACACCUCUGCUCAGCACUCUGGACUCCAUGAUGCCUUUGAGUCUCUUUUUCUAAACUCCUGUGGGCCUUCAGGGUAAGCUCUGGCUGUGUGACAAGGACUUCCCAAAGCUGUAUCUGUAGCAGUGAGUACGUGUGACGGACACUGGAUCAGGUUCAGCCACCGAUUGCUUUCUCUGUUGAGAGUGGUCUGGACUGCUUGCUACCGACCUGCGAGAUGCUUGUGUUUGCCUUUAGUUUUGUUCUUGCGUAUCAUGGAGCCACUCUUGAAGUAGAUGGGCUGGGCGAGAGUGUCCUGCAGACGCUCCUCCCUCUUUCUCUGCCACAAUGGUUUGGAGCACAUUGCCAUCCGUCAGUCAGUCUCCGGAAGGUAGCACCUUAGUGGAGACUGGGGCCUUCCAAAGAAAGAGGAGCGAGUUGCAUCCUGAGAAGCCUCCUGGAGGAUAUCCGGCUUGGGAGUUUUGUAUUGCACUGUUCAGGAAUGGAAUACUGAGAUGCUGGUCAGUGUGUCAUGACAUGGUAGCCCAGCCCUUCUCAAGGAAUUGGGAUAAGAAGUUCUUCAGACUUAAGAACCGGCGUGAAGCUGCUGACACCUGGAUAUUAGGUUUAAAGUGUCUCAGAAGCUUAGCUUUCAUGGUACAAAAGCAUGUGUGAUAAAAAGAGAGAAAGAAAGGAAGAAUGAAGAAAAGAUAAAUGGAAAGAGAGAGAAGGGAACAGUUGGGUGCUGAAAAGCCAAUUGGGACACUGGAUUCAGGGAGGUGAAACAAUUUUAAAGUGGGGCAAAAUUUGUAGGAUUUCCAAAGAGACUGAUUGUGUUGUUACUGCGUCCAUGUUGAGCAGUGUAUCAGAUUGGGGUGAUUGUCAGAUUUACUCGGUCUGCUUUUUGAGAUCUGCCUUUUUAAAAAUUAUCAUGUCCUUAAAAUUUCCAAGGCAUUACUCCCAUUUCCUCUCUGACUAGUGCUUGGAGAAUGAAGUGUGGGUCUCUGCACCCAGGCCACUGUCACGCUACUGUCAUGGCUUCCCACCAGGCCGUUAGGUGAUUAUUUGAAUGCAGGUGGGCUAAGGUGGAGGGCACAUGCCCACAGAGAGAAGCAGCUUUGGGAGGGAGCAGUGCUUACUUGUGCUUUCCCUUCUUUGUUGUCACAGUAACAGCCAUCUGUCUUCCUUCAGUGAGGUUUAACGCCCUCUUUAAGAUUUCUCAGUACCUGACUCCCAAAGAACACUUAAUGUGUUAAAACAUUGCUUGAAAAGACGUCUACCGGUGAGUGUGGGGAUGAUGGAGGGCCACUGUGACAGCUCAGGCUCAGAGGACCGAGGCCGCAGGCUUAGGAAGAGUACAGCAGAGUGGCCAACAGUGUAAUCCCCAAAGGCUCCUGUGUCCUGGCCAGUGUCUGGGCAGAGCCCAGUCAGUGUGUCCUUUCCCUACAGUUCUUAGAUUACAAACUUGAGAUUCAGGGAAUUUCAGUCAACAACAGGUAGAAUGAGUAAAUACUUGGUUACCAGCCUAAUAAUGUGAAUUGCUACGUGUAUUAUGUAAGAACACAAAGACUUUAUGCAGAUACUUUAACUAUAAAUGAAUGGAAAAUGUUGAAUUUUUUUAAGGAAGGGAAAACAGAAUCUUAUCCAGUUGUUCUUCAGUCAGUCAGUGAAUGUUUUACGGAGGAUGCUAGAGGAGUGCUGAGAGUGCGGAUGGACCAGUAUGGUGGAGUUAGGAGGCCCAGCUCAUUGGCUCUCCUGGAGCUGGGUGGGUCGGGGGGUCCAUCUCAUCAGCUCUCCUGGUGCUGGGUGGGUCGGGGGGUCCAUCUCAUCAGCUCUCCUGGUGCUGGGUGAUGGGGGGGGGUCCUAGCUCACACUCAAUCCUGAAAAGUGCAAUGGGGCUCGGGGGAGAUUUAUUUUCAGAGCUGGGGACUUGAUGGUUAUAAAUUAAGUUUCUUUUAGCAAUGGACUUUAUAGACAGAUGUUGUUCCAAAAGAUGUGAACAGGAGCCACAAUAGGGAGUUUAUUCAGAAUAAAGUAUACUUAGGUGAAUGAGUGUUAUAAUUUGAUUUCUUAGACUGGGACUUUAAUUGAACUUCAUUAUAUCUCCUGGAAAGAGAGCCUCGGGAUUAGGAAAAGCCAUUUUUGGAUUCUGCCUGCCACAAACAAACAUAUUCUAAACAGUGCUACUAAAGUUUAGACUGUUCAAAUAUUUUAUUUUCUUUGACUACUUUUUAUGAUGAUGAACAAUUAAGACCAUUUAAAAUAUGGGAGUACAAAUAUUUUUUUGAAUUAGAUUAACUUGCAGAAACCAAAUUUGCUGUGCUUGGGUUAUUUCUAGACAGACUUUGGUGUCAAUUUAAAACGAAGAUAAUUUUUUAUAUUCUUUCCAAUAGAAUUCAUGACAGCUUCUGCAGUUUUCUUAAACUACAAAAAAAAAAAAAAAUUAAAAGUGCUGCAAUGAUGAACAAAGAAUUAUAAAAAAAACCUACUUUUGUAUCUUUAUUUUGGAAUUUCUUGUUCUAUUAUAAAUAGGAAGUAUCCCUAUUUCAGAAGACAUAUUUUGUUAAAAAUGAAUUGUACAUAUUUAAAUAUGUAUUUUUGCACAGGUCUUUUUUUCUGAUAUCCUGUUUUGGUACAAUUGAGAUCAUCUAGUAUUUAUUUAUUAAUUAAUAAAAGUAAAUACCUUUUUAUAAUUUGAAGUGGUUCACUGCCAAGCCAGUAGUUUAGAACCUGCCUCCUUUACAGUUAAGGGAUGCCUCUGCUGCGUGGGAGUUGCUGUCCCUUCAGUGUCUGGGGCGUGGUUUUAUAGAGAUGGAGCGGGCACGCCAUCAGCUGCCUGAUUUCCAAAUAGACUACAUGGAGCUAAGUGACACACUGCUUUUCUUUGUUUAGAGGGGUGUGUGUGUGUGUGUGUGUGUGUGUGUGUGUGUGCGCGUGAGUGAGAGAGGCCGCGCCUGUGUGCUCUCUGAGCACACCUGUGUUAUUAGUAUGUGAUGUGGUUUAAAAUUAAUGAGGAAACAAACAAAACAAACGGAAAGUGCCUGAAUCUAGUUUAAGCUCAGACAGACAUCUUUAAAGACUUGAAUGCUGAGUUGAACUUUUGGAGUUUGCUUUUUCCACCUAAAUAUUAUUUCUUAAAGUUUUAGGGGAGAGGUUAAAAGCCGCUGAGGCUGGUAAUUUUUAUAAGGUAUUUUAAAAUUAAGACCUUUUAGUUCACAGUAAUAUAACCGGCAGUGGACCACCCAGUGCCACCAAGGGUUACAAACUAUGCCAGCCGGUAACUGUUGUUCUUUACUCAUAUAAUACAGAGUUUAAGACAGGAUAUUUAAGAUAUUUUGAAUUAAAAAAUACAAGAAGUACCUCUGAGAACAUUGAAAAAAUGUUUAAUUUGAAAAAAAAAAAAGUAACUUAUAAAGGCAGCUGUCUUCCUGUAAGAGUUCUGUUGCCAAUGGAUUUCUUAAUGUCUCCAUUCUGUCCUGGGUUGGGGAAAAGUUAGGCUUUGAAAAAUGACUGUUAAAAUUUUCGCUGUUUAAAAGAGAGAAAUCCUUUUUACAUCUUAUGUAAGACAUUUUACCUUUUUCAGAUCACGUAAAUGAGCACUACACACUUUCAGUGUGAAUGCAGGGCCUUGAAAGGAUUUUUUUUUGGGGCUUGUUUAUUAAAGCAAUCUCUCCUGUGUUAAAACGUGUGACUAGUCCGAUACACGUGCACCGUAAAGCAAGGGCAUCUCAGCUGGACUCUGUUGGCUGCUGUGUAGAAAUGAACAAAUGUCAA